GGCCAAGUCUAGGCUAGGCACAUGCAGUUUUUCGCAUUUCCUUGAGAAAAUAAUAUUAUUUAGUAAAGUAUUUGAUAAAGAAAGUCAAUAUGCAAGGCCCUGCAGUGUUUAUGGAUAUAUCUCUCGAGGAUCAAGCCUUAGAACUGCGAAAAUAUUUUAAGAGCCUGGGUGCAGAGAUAUCUGAAGAAAAAUCACCCAAAGGGAUUGAAGAUGACUUGCACAAGAUUGUUGGCGUGUGUGAUGUGUGCUUCAAAGAACCAAAUGAGGCAGACAUCGAAGCUAUCCUGAACAGCAUUGUCUCUAUUAUGGUUUCAAUUCCUUUGGAAAGAGGAGAAAAUCUGAUACUGGCUUUCAGCCAGCGUCUCACUAAAGCUCCUGGGCCUAGACUUGGAAUGGUUGCCCUGCAAUCCUUAUGGCGCCUGUACAACAAUUUGGAGGCCAACUCUGCACUCCGUUACCAUGUGUAUUAUCAUGUAAUUGAGUUGGCUUCCCGAGUGGGAUCAGUGCGCGAUGUCUUCAGUGGAGUGGAACAACUCAGGAAGGAGUUUGCUAGCUGCCCUCCCUCCAAUGAGCAAAUGCAAAAGUUGUACAGGCUUCUUCACCAAGUGCUAAAGGAACAAAACAGUGAACUUGCAGCUAAGGUUAUGAUUGAAUUGCUUGGCACAUACACAGACGAGAAUGCAUCAUAUGCAAGAGAAGAUGCCAUCAAAUGCAUUGCCACAGCCCUGGCUGACCCCAACUCAUACCUUCUAGACCCACUCUUAGCUCUGAAACCUGUGAGAUUCCUGGAAGGAGAGCUCAUUCAUGACCUUCUUAACAUCUUUGUGUCAGAGAAACUGUCCAGUUAUCAAGCUUUUUACAAAAAUCACAAAGAAUUUGUACAUUCCCAAGGACUGAACCAUGAACAAAACAUCAAGAAGAUGAGGAUAUUGUCAUUCAUGCAGAUGGCAGAAUCAAACCCUGAAAUCACAUUUGAUGAAAUCAUCUCUGAGCUUCAAAUUGAAGAGAAGGAUGUUGAAGCAUUCAUCAUUGAAGUGCUGAAGACGAAGCUGGUGCGCGCGCGCAUGGACCAGGCGGCGCGCGCCGUGCGCGUGUCCAGCACCAUGCACCGCACCUUCGGCCGCGCGCAGUGGCAGCAGCUGCGCGCCGUGCUGCAGGCGUGGCGAGCUAAUGUCCACCAGGCGCACGAGUCGAUGAAGUCUGUAGCGGCCGCGCAGAUCGAGUACGCUUCCUCGGCGCAGAAGGCGUAACAAGGCUCCACCGCGCUGCCAAGCAACAUUCGCAUCUACGGACUAUAGCUACAGAGUGCAUAAUGCAAGUUCCACAUGAUGGCUUCGAUGAGUGACUGCGGCCGCGCAUGGAAUUCGUUAACGUACCGCUAGAUGCCGUUGUCAUUCGAAUUCUCGAAGCGCGCAUCGAAAACAAUCGGUUGAAACUCGCAAUCAGCACACAAAUACAAUAUUAUUAUGAUGGAACUCAUUGUACAAGUUAAUAUACUUCUGGGCCGGUACCUACAUCAAUACAAAUUAGUCACAAGUAACUUAAAAAAUUAAU